AUGCUAACUCUUUUGGUGGGUAGACUCUUCUUUGGCAAGACUAAGCUCACCCUCCGCGCGCUCGGCUCCACGCCCGAAGAAGCCCAAGCUGACGGGAUUCAUCUCCUCGCACCGUAUCUUACUGGGUCAGUCGGUUUGAUUUUUACCAAUCGUACCCCUGAAGAGAUCAAGUCUUAUUUUGAGAGCUUGACCCAAGUCGAUUUCGCGCGGGCGGGGAGCGUGGCGACGAGGGAUUUUGUGAUUCCGAAGGGGUUGGUGUAUUCCACUGGGGGGGAGGUGCCCAAGGAGCAUGACGUCCCUGUCGCGCACACGCUCGAGCCGGAGCUGAGGCGGUUGGGGGUGCCGUGCCGGAUGGUGAAGGGGAAGGUUUGCUUGGGGGUUGAUGAGGAGGGGAAUGGGUUCCAGGAGGAGGGGUAUACUGUCUGUAAAGAGGGGGAGGUGCUGGAUAGUCGGCAGACGAGGUUGUUGAAGCUGUUUAGUGUUUGUAUGGCGGAGUUCAAGGUUGAGCUGUUGGCGGUUUGGAAGGCGGCUGGGGGGGAGGUGGAGGUUAUGGAGGGGGCGAGGGAGUAUAUUGAGAGGAAGAGGGAGGAGGCGAAGAGUGCGGGGAAGAAGAAGAAGGGUUCUUCGGGUGCUGGGGAUGUUGUGAUGGGGGGUGAGGAUGAUGAGGAGGAGGAGGAGGAUAGCGAGUAA